AUGGCUUCCGGAGAGCUAAUGGAAUCUCUAACGCGGAUGCUAGCCGACGCUCUAAAAUCCUCCAUUGAAAAUACAUUGGGACCAGCGAAUCCUGCCAGAGAUGCACCAAAUGUAAGAUCGCCUUUGUUUUCCGUGUCUGAAUAUCGUUCUUUGGAGAAUACUUCUGUCUCGGAUUAUUUCAACCGCUUCGAGUGGGCUCUACAGUUGAGCAAUAUUCCAGCAGCUCAAUAUGCACAUUAUGCACGAGUGCACAUGGGCACAGAACUGAACAAUGCCAUCAAAUUUUUAGUAAGUCCGCGUGAUCCAGUGGAUAUUCCGUACGAUGAGCUUCACACGACUUUGGUCAAUCAUUUCGACCGAUCGAAAGACAAGUACGUGGAAAGCAUAAAAUUCCGGGGAAUUGUGCAGCAGAAAGAUGAAUCUAUCUCUAGUUUUGUUCUCCGUCUCAAACAAGGUGCUGCGUACUGUGAAUAUGGUGAAUUCCUAGAUCGAAUGCUGAUUGAACAGCUUCUACAUGGCCUCGAAUCGCGAGACAUGUGUGACGAAAUCAUCGCCAAGAAACCAGCAACAUUCAAGGCGGCAUUUGAGGUUGCACACACCCUAGAAGCCACACGGAAUACGACCAAAGAAGUGAGAACGGCAAGACCAUCGAUGAUGUUCGAAGCGGCGAACAAAUUAGGUUAUGAAACACCAAAGACAAAGAAAGUAACUUCCAGUAGCUACUCUUCGUCACACCCACACAAGCAGCGUAAGCAUAAGAUUGGUGGGAAACCAACACAAGGGCAAAUCACAUGCAGUGGAUGUGGUGGUAACCACACACGAACACAGUGCAAGUUUCGUGAAGCGAAGUGCUUCAAUUGCGAUAAAACAGGGCAUAUAUCGAAAGUUUGUAGAGCCACCAAGCAAAGAAUGGCAGACGUUACUGCAUCGCAGGUGCAAUCAGAAGUUCUUCCUGCAGCGCAAGUAGAUAUAAUCCAGUCGCUGAAUAAAAUUCAAUCCUCCGCCUCAUCUGGGAAGCAAAUCAUCGACGUCAACAUUGACGGACAAAACCUCAAAAUGGAAGUAGACACCGGUGCCCCAUGCGGAAUAAUUAGUGAAAACAAACUACGGUCAAUCAAACAUUCAUUCGUUCUACAGAAAGCAGACCGGCGGUUUUCUAGUUACACCGGUCAUCAAAUUGUGUGUUUAGGCCGUCUCCCUGUGGAUGACACAAUCGGUCACACAACACGCAGAUUGGAUUUGUAUGUAGUUUCUGGAGACUCUGAUACGCUCUUCGGUAGGGAAUGGAUUUCCCAGUUUACGGAUGAAGUCAAUUUGAACCAGUUAUUUUCCCAAACCGGUCAGGUAAACUCUGUUCUACCUGCUGAUUCCACAUUGUCAACUGAGCAGAAUCAGGCCCUCAAGCAACUGCUGAUCAAUUAUGACGAUGUUUUCAGCGAUACUCCAGGCAAACUAAUAGGCCCUCCCGCAUCUGUUCAUCUAAAACCCGAAACAGCACCAGUUUUUGCGAAAACACGAGACGUUCCGCUGGCAUUGAGAAGCCAGUAUGCAAGAGAAAUCGAGAAGAAACUCGCUACAGGCGUCUACGAGAGAGUCGACUACUCUGAAUGGGCAUCCCCCACCCACAUUGUUGCGAAGAAGAAUGGAAAUCUGCGUAUCACCGGUAACUACAAGCCUACUGUAAAUCCCCGGAUGAUUAUCGACGAACACCCGAUUCCCAAGAUCGAAUCCAUCUUCAACCACAUGAAGGGAGCUUGUUUGUUCUGUCACUUGGACGUGACGGAUGCUUACACACACCUCCCAAUAGAUGCAGAGUUUCGACACGUUCUUACACUGAAUACACCCACACAUGGUUUAAUUCGUCCGACAAGAGCGGUGUAUGGCGCGGCAAAUAUUCCUGCAAUUUGGCAGCGUCGAAUGGAGACUGUUCUUCAAGGUUUGUCAAAUGUAAUAAACUUUUUUGACGACAUUAUUGUUUUCGCAGACAGUUUCGAAAACCUGCUGACGGCUCUCACAGCAGUUUUCGAAAGACUAAAACAUCACGGUUUACGUUUAAAUCGUACUAAAUGUAUUUUCGCCACUACGGCCUUGGAGUGCUUGGGUCAUAAAAUUGAUGCAAGUGGAUUGCAUAAAUCAGAUAAACACAUAGCAGCUGUACGAGAUGCACCUCGUCCUUCGAAUCCGGAUGAACUUCAACUGUUUUUGGGAAAAGCAACGUACUAUAAUUCGUUCAUUCCCAAUCUUUCUGCACGAUCCCGUUGUUUACGAGAUAUGUUACUGAAGGAUAGUUUUGAGUGGAAUCCUGAACGGGUUGCAGCGUACGAAGACAUCAAAUCAGCUUUAGUAUCCCCGAAGGUGCUUAUGCAGUACGAUCCAGCUCUUCCCUUGCUUUUAGCCACAGAUGCCAGCAAAAGUGGUUUAGGGGCAGUCCUUUCGCAUCGACUAUCAAACGGUUUAGAACGUCCGAUAGCCUUCGCCAGUCGAUCAAUGUCUCCCACUGAGCAACGGUAUCCCCAGAUUGACAAAGAGGCCCUUGCUAUCGUGUGGGCGGUUAAAAAAAAUUUUUAUUACCUCUACGCUCGACAGUUUACUCUAAUCACCGAUCACAAGCCGUUGACUCAAAUUUUGAAUCCUACGAAAUCGCUUCCUACCCUGUGUAUCAGCAGAAUGGCAAAUUAUGCUGAUUAUUUGUCAAAUUUCAAUUUUGAGGUUGUGCACAAAUCUACGAAAGAAAAUGUAAAUGCAGAUUACUGCUCUCGAAUUAAGCGAAACGACGAUGGUGUUAACAAUUUGUGUCUUCGUGAGGGAAGAAGUAUUGGUGCGGACGAAUUCGAAAUCUUUGUUUUGCAUCAAAUCGCACAACUACCGAUAAAUGCUGAGCAAAUAGCCCGAGAAACACGCAAAGAUCCUAGUCUUGGUAAAAUUGUUCAAUUGUUAGAAGCCGGUACCGAUUUAUUGCGAGCUGGAUACAAAGCCCCAGAAGUGAAGUAUUCGCUCGCUGCUAAUUGUUUACUGUUCGAGCAUAGGGUGGUGAUACCAUCAGUUUUUCGCCAGUCUGUAUUGAAUGAUCUCCAUGUUGCACAUAUAGGGAUUGUCAAAAUGAAAGGGCUCGCUCGUUCGUUUGUUUACUGGCCCGGAAUUGAUGCGGACAUCGAAAAACAAGUAAAAUCGUGUUCUCAGUGUUCUCAUCAGGCUCAUGCUCCACCGAAAUUUAGUGAACAUCAUUGGCAGUAUCCCAAAGGUCCUUGGGAAAGAAUACAUACUGAUUAUGCAGGUCCGGUAGCAGGUUCAAUGUUGCUGAUCGUAGUCGAUUCGUAUAGCAAAUGGUUGGAAGUAAAGGUAACCCAAUCAACCACAACAGCAGCAACAAUUGGAAUUAUGGACGAGUUGUUUUCAAGUUUCGGAGUGCCUGUAACUAUAGUUUCGGACAAUGGUCCGCAAUUCACUGCGACAGACUUCAAGGUGUUUUUGCAGAAAAGUGGAGUGAAAUAUCAUAUGCUUUCGGCGCCGUAUCACCCUGCAACAAAUGGUCAAGCGGAGCGGUACGUUCAAACGACGAAGGACGCUUUAAAAGCGAUGGGAACUACAGCAUCAACGUUGCAGUCAAACCUGAAUAUUUUUCUACAGAUGUACCGUUUAGCUCCACAUGCGACGACUGGGGAUGCACCGUCGAAAUUGUUUCUAGGGCGAAUUCUCAGAACGCGUUUGGAUCUUCUGAAACCUGAAAAUCUUCAGCAACGAAUCGUAACGAAACAGCAAGCCAAUUUCCAACCAUCAUUUCGUGUAUUCUCUGCAGGUCAACCAGUUUAUAUUCUCUCUGGUAAUUGCCGUAUGGACAAGUGGAUUCCUGUUGUAGUGACAGCUAAAUUGGGAGACUUGCACUACGAAAUCGAAUACGCUGGUAAACGGUUUAGGCGUCACAUCGAUCAGAUACGUUUCCGGCACGAAUCUAAAGAACAUCAGAUCAGCUCAGAGGCGAAUUCUUGUCAGCAGAAUGUACCGAGACGUAUUCAUUUCUACGGUAGUAACGUGACAGUUCCAGUGAUACCAUCGACGCCAAACAACACAGGGACAGCUUCGACCAAUGACGACUCGCCGCAGUUUCACACGCCGGCAGGUAGCCCUGGUCUUCCAGGAACAAGCCCUUCUUCGUUCAUCGUUCGUCGUUCGACAAGAGACCGCCAUUCUCCAUGCAGAUACUCGCCUUAG